AUGGCGGACGAGCUCGAUUAUCUGCAGUCGGACUUCGACCUGAAUUCUCUUACCGUCCCUCGUCUGCGCUCUAUACUCGUCAACCACGAUGUCCCUUAUCCCGCCUCCGCGAAGAAAGCACAGCUGAUCCGAAUUUUGGAGGAUGAAGUACUGCCACAGGCGAGGAAGCUGCUGCGGGACCGCGAACGAGUUAGAAGGACAAGUGCGGGUAUUACAGACAUGGGCAGCCGAGCUUCAUCUGUUGCUAGUGAUCGGUAUGAUCGUGACUCUAUGCCUCCCCCACCAACACCCUCUACAGUUGCAUCCACCACUGGAACCAAGCGAGGCUCCUCGCGACGAAGUGUACGUGCAUCAACGAUGGAGCAAGAAGAAAAUAUCGAUCCGUCUACCCCCGUGCCAGCAUCAAAGCGAAAAAGUGUAGCUCGUUCCGUAGGCAAGCACGCUCGGGCUUCAGAUACGGAGACCGGUGAUGACAUGUUCGCGACCCCGACCGUGGCUGUCGGUGCUUCCCCUCGAAAAUCUACAACAAGGAAGCUUCGACGCAGUUCGGUCGUUCCUUCGACAGAGACCGAUGAAUUCACCCCUUCUGUCAAGACCGAGCCUAGGGAUGAGAGUGUUUUUACCGAUGACAAUCCUUUCCAAAGUGGGAGUCCUUCCGAUAUCCAGCGCAGCAGACCAGCCAGCCACGAUGGCAAACGUAAGAGUGGCACGCGCUUAUCGACCGAGAGCCCGGGCUUGAGGAGUGGAUUGCGGUCGCGUAGAUCGGCCACCCCCGGCAGCGUGAAACAGGAGGAUGGAAUAAAGGCCCCGGCGAGAGAUUCGUUUGACUUUGCCCCUCGACUGAGGCCUACGAAGGAAGAACCAGAGGAAUCCGAAGAAGAGUCCGAGGAUGAAAGUGAAUUUGGUGCUGGUGAAGAAUUUACACCGGAAGAACAAUUAGCACUUGAAACGGAACAAUAUGCGCCGGGUCUGCAGGUCCGAAAGCGCUCGCGAAAGCAGGGAUCCACCAGUUUGGUAGUUUCUUGGCUAGUGAUCCUCUCAGUCCUUGGUGGCUUUGGGGCCUGGUGGCGCAAGGAAAAGAUUGAAAUUGGAUACUGUGGUCUUGGAAAGCCCACCUGGUCAUUAGCUGAGACUAACGUGCCAGAAUGGGCAAAUGUUUUGGAGCCGGCCUGUGAACCGUGUCCACCCCAUGCAUUUUGCUAUCCAGAUUUUGAAGCUCGCUGCGAACACGAUUUCAUUCUCAGACCCCAUCCUCUUUCUUUGAAGGGCUUGGUGCCUCUUCCCCCAACAUGCGAACCUGACAGUGAAAAGGCACGACGGGUCAAGGCUGUUGCCGACAAGGCCUUGGAAGAAUUGCGUGAACGCAGAGCCAAAUGGGAAUGUGGUCAGCUGCAAGAAGAAGGCAAAGAACCCUCCCCCGAAAUCAGCGAGCCGGAGCUGAAGGAAGAAGUCGCAAGAAAGCGUCGUAAGGGCCUCAGUGACACUGAGUUUGAUGACCUUUGGAAAGGCGCCAUUGGUGAAAUCAUCGAGAGAGAUGAGGUUGUAAGCAACACUAAGCAACCUUCCGCCAUCCUCGUCCUCACAUCAACAUCUACAUCCCGGCUCCCUUUCACAUGCGCCGCCCGCCGCUACGUCCGACUCGCUCUCCUCGCGUAUCGACUCCCUCUUUCACUUCUAAUUCUUGCUAUUGUUUCCCUGAUUUAUACCCGUGCUCGACUCCGGGCCGGUAAAUCUGACAGGGCCCGCGUGCCCGAGCUAGUUGCUACGACUCUUGAUCGUCUGGCCACGCAGGCUGCACUACAUGCCCGUGGGGGUGCUCAGGACUCCCAUCUCCCCAUUGGGCAGCUCCGUGAUGAUGUCCUCCGCUUCGAACUGCAUGGAAAGCGCCGCGAGGAGUUGUGGGCUCUAGUGCGACGCGUCGUUGAGGAGAAUGCUAAUGUACGUGCUGCUGUUCGUGAAGGCCGCAGUGGUGAUGUGUCUCGAAGCUGGGAAUGGAUUGGCGGCAUCGGUAGUGUCGAUAUCGGCGGUGACAGUACCGGCAGACAAGGCAGCGCUCGCCGUGACAGUGGCCGACAGUCUUUGUCCUCUCCCAUCAAUAAUACUGAUGCUGGUCACCACAUGGCUGCCAACACGGAGGACGUAUCCACUUCAAGUCCCAGAGAGUCCCGCCGCUGGAACGAGGGCCGUCCUAUCUACUAG